AUGUCAGCUUUUGAAACACCAUUGCGGCCACCAAAAACGCCAGACUACCGUCCAAAUCUGGACGAGGCGAUGGAAUUAACGUACACUGAUCCGAACCUAGAAUCGGACCCAGAGGAUAGCCCUCCAGCAUCACAACUCGAGCCAAGGCAUAAAGCUGAAUUAGCCAAACAACGCAGCAACGAAGGUCUACGCCUUCAAAAAGAAAGCCGUCAAAAAGAAAACCUUCCGAGGAAUAGCCGAUCCACGCGGCAGCCAAGGAAGAGGAAACAUGAAGACACCAUCAGCGCUAUCCAGUUCAAGAAGCAAAAAACUGAAACCUCCAUUUUAAAACUGGAGAGACACUUACAACAAAAGACUUGCCCUAAGUCGUUUCAAUACAAGGCGAAGGCAAACGUCACGCCUGACGAAACCUUUCGACAGGAAAUAAGCGCUAUUAAAAGUCACGCCGAAGAACAAUACGUUAGCGCCCUAGUGCGCUUCCAUCAGCGUAGACUUGUUAGUCACAAGAACAAACUUGGAAAGGCUAAUAUUGCCAAGUCUCGAUCACAAUACAAUAUAAAUACACGUGAAAGAUCACGUUCGCCCUUGAGGAACACUGUAAAUACUGAUGUCGACAGGAUAGACAAAAUAGAAAAUCAGCUUUCAGAGCUGAAAGACCUUAUAUGUACACGCUUUCAGAGUGAUAAUAAACAU